CUCCUGAAGGGAGAAAUGGGGUUGGGUAGUGCCAAGAGAGGAUUUUUCUGUCUCGUUCUUGCCUCUGGGAUAUUCUGGAGUCAGCCCAUUUGUCAUGUACCACCUCAGGGGUUCCCUUUCAUUUCUUACGAAGUUAUUAUCCCAAGAAGGAUGGCAGCCCGACGAGGCCGGGAACCGCAAGACCUUACUUAUUUAAUGGAGAUAGAAGGGAAAGGUCAUGUGGUACACCUCAGGCAGAAGAGGAAUUUCGUUCCUAAACACUUCCCUGUUUUUACCUAUAACGAGGAUGGAGACAUUGAGGUGGACUACCCUUUCAUCAGGAAUGACUGCUUUUACUAUGGCUUUGUACAGGAUGAGCCUUCCUCCCUAGUCACCCUCAGCAGUUGCUCAGGAGGACUCAGAGGCUUCCUACAAGUGGGUAAUAAGCUUUACGAAAUUGAACCUCUGCAGGCAUCUACUUUCCAGCACGUGGUCUACAGACUGGAAGAGAAGGGGAGUGAUAUCCCAAUCAGGUGUGGAGUAAUGGAAGAGGACAAAAACUACCAGGAGGCCAUGAUCCAGAACAGAGAGGAUAUUGUAAGCAAAAGUGCUUUGAGGGGACUAUGGCAAACAUACCCCAGGUACAUGAAGAUAGCGAUUGUAGUAGAACAUGAGCGAUACGUCCAAUUUGGUAGAAACGAAACUCUCACUGCUAGGCAAGUCCUGGAUGUUGUUCACCUUGCAGAUUCGCUGUACAAACCUCUUGGGAUUCAUUUGGUGGUGGUUGGAUUAGAAAUAUGGUCACAAAAGAACCUCAUUGCAAUAGCAAAAAGCAUAGACGAAUUGCUUGACACUUUCAAUACAUGGAGGAAAACGAUACUUGUCCAGCAUCUAAGGCAUGAUGUUGGCCACUUAUUUGUAUAUAAGCAUUUUGGGAUUAAGUUUGGAUUAUCGUUUGUUGGGUCUGUAUGUGAUCCGAACUGGGCAUCUGCUGUCGAGGCAUUUAUUACUUCUAGUUUAUUUUCUUUCACAAUAACUUUUGCUCAUCAACUGGGUCAUAACCUUGGUAUGCAGCAUGAUGAGAAAUCCUGCACCUGUAAACAGCAUUCUUGUAUUAUGGCUCCCUUCCAAAGCAACACAAGUAAGUUCAGCAACUGCAGUUAUACCAGUUAUUCUAAGCUAAUGGAUACUACUAGAAAGCAAUGCCUGUUAAUUCCGCCAGAACAUGAGAAAUUAUAUGACCUCAGAAACUGUGGCAACAAGGUAGUAGAGAGUGGAGAACAGUGUGACUGUGGUUCAAAGUUCCAUUGUGAAUCAGAUGCAUGUUGCCAGUCCAACUGUAUGUUGCGUUCAGGAGCCAUUUGUGCUUUUGGAAAAUGCUGUGCUGACUGUCAGCUUCUACCAGCCAGCACAGUUUGUAGAGAAAGGACUAGCGUGUGCGAUCUUCCCGAAUACUGCACCGGAAUUUCAGAGUGGUGUCCUGAAGAUGUUUAUGUACAGGAUGGAGCUCCGUGCUCUGAUGGGGGCUAUUGCUAUCAUGGAGAAUGCUCUACUCACAGUGAGCAAUGCAAAGUUAUCUUUGGCAAGGAAGCAUCGGUUGCCCCACUGAAGUGCUUCAAAGCAAUAAAUUCUCGAGGUGAUCGUUUUGGCAAUUGUGGCAUUAUUCCUGGUAAUAUGUAUAAGAAGUGUGAGAACAAUAAUGCCUUGUGCGGCAGAGUCCAGUGUGUAAACAUCGGUGAAGUGCCUAAUUUGAAUGAGCAGAACACCAUAAUCCAAACUUCUCUUAGCAACCAUUUGUGCUGGGGUAUAGAUUCUCCAA